AUAAGAUAACGAAAAGGGGAAGUGGCCUUCAUAUAUGUUUACCACUACAAAACUUUUGUUUUAUGUGUCGAACGAUUAGUCUGUUCUGCUUGCUGGUUGCGUCGUUGUAUUGAUUUUUAUUGGGCCAACUUGUUCAAAAACUGUAGUAAGAAAAGUGUAGACAUUUUUUGUUUGAAUUUUGAAAAGAAAAAAAGAUAAUGGGAAGUAACAGUAUUUCUGCACAAUUUGUUGCUUUAUUAAUUGAAGAAUACAAAGGGUUACCAUCCCUUUGGGAUAUUGACAGUAGUGCAUAUAAAAAUAAAUUUAUUAAAACAAAAGACUAUGAAACCCUUUUGCAUAGAAUGUUACCGGCUGAUCCUCUAUUAACUAUGAAUGAUCUUAAGAAAAAACUAGCCAACAUUAGAACAUGCUACCGACGAGAGUUGAAAAAAAUUGAAAACAGCAUAAAAAUGGGUGCCUCGGGGGAUGAUGUUUAUGUUCCAACACUUUGGUACUUCAAACAAAUGGAAUUUCUUCGAGAUCAAGAACCAAAGACAUCAACAGUAGACCAAGAUGAUGAAGAGCACAACCCAGUUCGGGGAAUUUUUACAAAAACUCAAAAAUUAAGUCCAUACAAAAGUGAAUUUGUCGGUGUUAAAAAAAGUCAUAAGAAUUUUGUGAAAAAACGUCGACAUACGGAGAAUGACGAAGAUCAUCAACCUUUGGAAGAUAUUGAAGAAAAUCGACUAUCGAAAAAUGCUAAAACUAUUGCGAAGCAAUUUGUAAUAAAAGAUGAAGCAACUACAUUCAGCGAAUCUUGGGCUCUUUUGUUCAGAAAACUUUCUCAUGAACAACAGUUAUUUGGAAAGAGAUGUAUUGAUGAAAUUUUAUACAAAGGUCAACUUGGUCAAUUGACUUUAGAUACUCAUCGAAGUAUAGAAGCAUGUCCCAUAUAUUCAUCGGAUUCAGAAAGUUCAACGACAAAUCCAGGACAUAUGGUUGAUACUAAGGAUAUGUCUUCAUUUUUGAAUGAACUUUGUGGGAAUAAGCCGGGCACUUAAAUUUUAAAAUAUUUUCUUAUUAAAUUGAAUAAAUUUGAAUGUACCUUACUACUAAGACGUUAGUGUUAA